UGUUCAUUCGAAAUGUGAACACCGCGGUCUUGCGAUAUACGAUCUGAUUACUUUUCUAGAUUCCUCUUUCAGUUUUUAUUAUCAUUAGUUAAAGUUGUUAUGUUUUCUUUGUCUAAAGACUAGUCUAAGUUUCUUAGUUCAAAAUUUGCGUGAAUUCGUUGAUAUGUAGUGCUAAAACGACCUAAGUGGUUCCUGAAAAGUUUUUUCGGUGUUUAUUUUCAUGUGUGAGAAACCUUGCUUAAGUUUUAACUCGUAGAUAUUUUCGUUCCUUAAAAAUGUCGAAAUAAGCAGGAGACAAAGUUUUUCCCCCGAAUUCAAUUUAGCAAAUUUCAUUGGUUUAGUGAAGAAAAAGGGAAUUAUCUCAAUUUGCACGUCGCGAAAAUUUAGAGCCGUUGUUGGACCACAAAGACAUGGAUAAAAAGACAGCGUUCAGCAUCGAAGUUUUGGAGCCUGUUGUGCGCAAGGAAUCCAAAAAGACCACGCAAUAUGUUGCUGCUCUUACCGCGACAAUCGGUGGUUUCAUCGCCGGGAACAUCCUGGCAUGGUCCUCGCCGGCCGGGCCGAAACUGAUGGACGGUGAAUACGGGUUCCCGGUGACGGAAGAUGACAUGUCUUGGGUGGGCGGCAUCAUGGCCAUCGGUGCCAUCAUCGGGUGCAUCAUCACUGGUCUCACUGUCGACGUCUUCGGCCGAAAGAAUCUCAUGUUGUUUUUGGUCGCGCCUACCACUAUUGGAUGGUGCGCCAUAAUCUGGGCUGAGUCCGUGUUCAUACUCUGCUGCGGUAGGUUUUUGCUCGGAGCAGCUUGUGGAAGUUUCUCGAUUGUCUGUCCUAUGUACACUGGUGAAAUCGGAGAAAAUUCGAUUCGAGGUACAUUAGGUACUUACUUCCAACUCCAAAUUGUCAUCGGAAUCCUCUUCGUCUACCUUAUUGGAAGUAUUCUGAAUACUUUCUGGAUGUCCAUCACCUGUGCCGUUAUUCCUCUAGUGUACGCCGGUCUCAUGGGGCUCAUGCCAGAAUCUCCCACUUUCCACUUUAAAAAAGGUGAGGUGGAAAACGCUAAAAUGUCCCUACAGUGGUUCCGUGGUCCAGAGUACGAUAUUAACGGUGAAAUCAAGGAGAUGUUGGACAUCAUCGACAGGGAUGAAAGAGAAAAGGUCCCGCUCGCAAUCGCCAUCAGAUCAAAAGCCGCCAAGAAAGGAUUCGUGAUUGGACUGGGUAUCAUGUUCUUCCAACAGUUCUCCGGAAUCAACGCUGUCAUCUUCUACACGACACAAAUAUUCCAAAGUGCCGGCAGCACGAUCCCACCAGACCUAUGCACGAUCAUGACGGGUGUGGUCUCGGUGAUCUCCUGCUACAUUGCGACGGUGAUCGUGGACAAGCUCGGGCGGCGCCUGCUCCUCCUCACUUCGGGCACGGUGAUGGCCCUCUGCUGCGGCGUUCUCGGCGGCUACUUCUACAUGCUCAAGCACAGCAUGGACGUCUCCAACAUCGGCUGGCUCCCCAUCGCCUGCGUCUGCGGCUUCAACAUCGCCUUCUCGCUCGGCUUCGGGCCCAUCCCGUGGAUGUUGGUCGGCGAGAUCUUCUCGUCUCAAAUCAAGGGCACUGCCUCGUCGAUCGCAUGUCUGUUCAACUGGGCGUGCGUGUUCAUGGUGACGAAGUUCUUCUCGGUGAUAGCCGAGAUGUUCGGCUCCUACUCCACCUUCUGGUUCUUCACGGCCAUGCUGGUGACGGCCAUCGCCUUCACCUUCUUCGUCGUGCCGGAGACGAAGGGCAAGUCCUUCGAGCAGAUCCAAAGCGAGCUGUCCGGCGAGAACGAGAGCCAGAGCGAGGCCUCCACUGUCAGCGCCUACCCCUCCAAGGACCUCAAAUACUAGCACCGCUCUCUCCUCGUUCUUUGAAUUUUUCAUGGAAAAUAAUAAUGAUAAUUUUGUUGCCAUCGCCUGUGAAGAACAAGUUCCCGAUCGCCUUUGAAUGCUCCAGUUGCCUUAGUCUUAGAAUCGUGUUUUAGUGGCAGAAUCC